CUGCUAAGCAAUUGACAGCUCACCAUGAGCAGACAAGCCUGCAAGAAAUCCUUCAGCCGUGGAAGCUGGGGCUUCUCUGGUCAUUCGGCCGUGGUGUCCGGCAGUAGGAAGAGCUGCGUGGCACGCUCUGGGGCAAACAGUGGAGGGACCUAUGGGUUCUGGAGUGGAGCAGGUGGCUUUGGCAGUCACAGCCUCUACAGUCUGGGUGGAAGCAAGAGCAUCUCCAUCAGCAUGACAGCUGGUGGCUCCCGUACUGGUGGCUUCAGUGCAGGGCAUGGCAGCUGUGGCAGUGGCUUUAGGGGUAGCUAUGGAGGUGGAUUUGGUGGUGGCAGGGGAAUGGGAGGUGGCUUUGGGGGAGCUGGUAGCUUUGGUAGAACAGGUAACUUUGGCCCUAGUGGCUGCCCUGGGGGAAUCCAGGAAGUGACCAUCAAUCAGAGCCUCCUGCAGCCACUCAAUGUGGAGAUUGACCCCCAGGUUGGGCAAGUGAAGGCCCAGGAGCAUGAGCAGAUCAAGACCCUCAACAACAAGUUUGCCUCCUUCAUCGAUAAGGUGCGUUUCCUGGAACAGCAAAACAAGGUCCUGGAGACCAAGUGGGAGCUGCUCCAGCAGCAGACCGCAAGCUCCAGCUCAGGUUCCCAGAACUUGGAGCCUUUCUUUGAAUCCUACAUCAGCUGUCUGCGCAAGCAGCUGGAUUCACUUCUGGGGGAAAAGGGGAACUUGGAGGGAGAGCUGAAGAGCAUGCAGGAGCUGGUGGAAGACUUCCAAAAGAAGUAUGAAGAUGAGGUCAACAAGCGCACUGCUGCAGAGAAUGAGUUUGUAGGGGUAAAGAAGGAUGUGGAUGUGGCUUAUAUGAACAAGGUAGAGCUACAGGCUAAAGUGGACAGCUUGACAGAUGAAGUCAACUUCCUGAGGACUCUCUAUGACAUGGAGCUGUGCCAGAUGCAGAGUCAUGUCAGUGACAUGUCUGUGGUCCUGUCCAUGGACAACAACCGCUCCCUGGACCUGGACGGCAUCAUCGCCGAGGUCAAGGCCCAGUACGAGGACAUCACGCAGAGGAGCAAGGCUGAAGCGGAGGCUCUGUACCAGGCCAAGUUUGGGGAACUGCAGACCACAGCCGGCAGGCAUGGUGAUGACCUGACAAACACCAAGAGUGAGAUCCUGGAGCUCAACAGGAUAGUGCAGAGGCUGCGGGCGGAGAUCGAGAACGUCAAGAAGCAGAAUGCCAAUCUGCAGACGUCCAUUGCGGAAGCUGAGCAGCGUGGUGACAUGGCCCUCAAGGAUGCCAAUGCCAAACUCCAAGACCUGCAGGCCGCACUGCAGAAAGCUAAGGAUGACCUGGCCCGACUGCUCCGAGACUACCAGGAGCUGAUGAACGUCAAGCUGGCCCUGGACAUGGAGAUCGCCACCUACCGCAAGCUGCUGGAGGGCGAGGAGUGCAGGAUGUCUGGAGAAUGUCAGAGUGCUGUGAGCAUUUCGGUGAUCAGCAAUGUCACUAGCACAAGCAGCAGCUCUGGAAGCUUCAGAGGGGUCAGUGGCAGCAGCAGCAGUGGCUCCAGAGGCGGCAGCAGCAGUGGCUCCAGAGGCGGCAGCAGCAGCUAUGGAGGGGACAGUAGAGGCAGCAGCGGGGGUUACCCAAGUGGCAGCAGUGAGAGCAGGCUUGGCGGUGGAGGCAGCAUCUCUGUGAGCCAGAGGGGAACAGGCUUCAGCUCUGGGGAUACCCAGACCUCAGGAGGCAGUCGCUUCAAGUCUGGCAGUGGAGGCAGCACCAAUGUUCACUUUUCCCGGAUCAUCAGCUCUGGCCAGCAACAGUCCAAGUGA